GUCCAGAAGUUCCAUCCACCUCCCAUUUGCGAACGCGACAUCGACAGAAGGACUUCGAAUGUCGCCAUGUCCCGACGCAAGGAAAUGGCGAUCGCGGCCACGAGCCAGGGCGACACUGGCAUCCUCGAGAACGAUGCCUCGAUGUCCAUGGAGGGCAAGCGCGCGGCGAUGCUCCGGGCCAUUAACUUUGCCCAGAGUCGGUGGAGCACACAGGUUGGCAUGCUCUCGGGCGGCGAAAACCGGCGACUGCAGCUGCUGCGAGUGCUCGUGCAGAAGCCGAAUGUCUUGAUUCUAGACGAGCCUACGAACGACUUGGAUGCAGUAACGGUGGACUCCCUGGAGCUGAUGCUCCAGCGCUACACGGGCACGCUCCUCCUCGUGAGUCACGAUCGAUCGCUGUUGGACGGCGUUUGCGACUCCUUCGUCGUGAUGCAGUCGGAUGGAAGCCAGCCGAAACUCUGGACUGGCUCCUUCGUCGAGCUUCUUGAGACACAGAAGAAGACGAGGACGCCUGACGCAAGCGCAGCGAGCACUGCGUCGAAGCCCGCGUCCGGCCCCAAGCAGUCCAAGCAGAAGUCGGACAAGAAGGCUGAGAGGGAAAUGGUGAGACUGGAGAAGGAGAUUUCUCGGCUUGAGGAAAAGCUCGCCGAGAUAGAUCAAGCAAUGGCAGACGCCUGGGAUCAGCCCGAGCAAGUGGAAGAGCUCAUGGCCGAGCGUAACCAGCUCGAACAGGCCCAAAGCAAGGCCUACGAACGAUUCGAAGAGCUGAUGGCGGGAUGA